AUGGCGCCCCAACCCACAAAAGAGUCGGUGCCGAAGAAGGUCAACCUUCUGGACGAAAGCGAUUCGGACGAUGAGGAUGGAGGGGCAGAUAUCGCGAUGCCGCAGUUGAAGGUCAACGAGGAGUAUGCGAAGCGCUUCGAGCACAACAAGAAGCGGGAGGAGAUGCACAGGUUGGAGGAAAAGUUCAAGAAGACCGGCAAGAAGGAAGACAACUCCGACGACGACUCCUCAUCCUCCGACGAGACCGAAGACGAGGACGGUUUCCUAGCCACCGAAGACCUCGACGCCCAAAUCUCCGCCACCCUGAGCGCCAUCAAGAACAAGGACCCCCGUCUCAAUGACAAGGACUUCACCUUCUUCAAGGAGACCACCAACGCCUCCGAGCCGACCCCCUCCAAGAAGAAGGAGAAGCCCAUCUACCUCAAGGACUACCACCGCGAGAAGAUCCUGGCCGGCGGCGUCGGCGAGUCCGACUCGGAAGACGACGCGCCCCCGAAGACGUACGCGCAGGAGCAGGACGCCCUCAAGAAGUCCAUCGUCUCCGAGAUCAACAAGGCGGCCGAGUCGGACGAGGAAGAGGGCGACUUCGUGACGAAGAAGCCCGGCCAGGAGAAGCCCGACUUCAGCCAGGACGGCGUCCACCCCGAGCGCGCGGUCAAGGUGUACAAGGGCAACAAGAAGAGCAGCAAGAAGGCCAUCACGGAGGAGGACAUCGCCAACGCGGACAAGGACCCGGAGCUCUUCCUGUCCAACUUCAUGGCGGCGCGCGCGUGGGCCGAGGGCGGCGAGCACAACUGGAAGGCCUUCGACUCGGACGACGGCGACGACGGCGAGGGCGAGCUCGCGGACAAGUUCGAGGAGGCGUACAACCUGCGCUUCGAGGACCCGGAGAAGUCCAACCAGGCCCUCAAGACGUACUCGCGCGAGAUCGUCAACGCGCGCACCGUGCGUAAGGAGGCCGCCAGCUCGCGCAAGAAGGCCCGCGAGGCCGAGAAGGAGCGCAAGGAGGAAGAGAAGCGGCAGCGCAAGGAGGACAGGGCCCGUCUGCGCAAGCUCAAGCUCGAGGAGGCAGAGGAGAAGCUCAAGAAGAUCAAGCAGGCCGCCGGCCUGAGCGGCAAGGAGCUUGCCGAGGACGAGUGGCUGCGGUUCCUCAACGACGCGUGGGAAGACGACAAGUGGGAGGACGAGAUGAAGCGUCGCUUCGGUGAGGAGUACUACGCCGAGGUCGAGGCCGGUUCCGGUUCCGACGACGAGGACGGUGACGAAGGGGAAGACAAGAAGAAGAAGCGCAAGAGGCCGAAGAAGCCUACGUGGGAUGACGACAUCGACAUCAAGGACAUCAUCCCCGACUUCAAGGACGAGGAGCAGCCGAACAUCACCCUCUCAGACGACGAGGGCGCAGCAGAAGGCGCAGAGCAAGAAGACGACGACGACGACGAGGAAGACGAGGACGGCCGCCCGUCCAAGAAGCGCAAGACCUCAAAGGACAUCAAGAAGGAGCGCCUGGCCUCCAAGAAGGCGGCCAAGGCGGAGCGCGCCAAGCUCGAGGCCCUCGUCGACGCCAAGAUGGACCUCGACGUCCCCGAGGCCUCGUCCUCGUCCUCCAAGACGCCCGAGAUGUUCGGCUUCCGCUACCGCGAGACGUCCCCGACCUCCUUCGGCAUGACGGCGCGCGACAUCCUACUCGCGCCCUCGGACGCCGCGCUGAACAGCUACGUCGGCCUGAAGAAGCUCGCCCCCUUCCGCGACGAGGAGAAGAAGCGCAAGGACAAGAAGCGCCUCAGCAAGAAGGACCGCAUCAGGAAAUGGCGCCGCGAGAACUUCGGCCCCGAGUACGAGCGGUCGGGGCCGACGUUCGGGUUCGAGGACGCCACGUUCAAGGAGAAGAAGAAGAAGAGCAAGAAGGCCGAGGCCCCGGCGAAGGAACAGGGCGCCGAGGAGAACGUCGAGGACGGCGGCGCGAGUCUCAGCAAGAAGCGCAAGAGGUCCAGGGGGAAGAAGAAGGAGGGCGUGGUAGCGGAGGAGUGA